AUGCCUGCGGACGACAGCACGGACAGUGCUGCGAGCGCGAGCGCCGCCGCCAAGGCAGCGCUCGCCGUUGCGGAGGAGUCAAAAGCGAUCGCUGUGCAGCUGAGCAAGAGGCUCGAGGAGCAGCAAGAGACGCUGCGCACCUACUCCUCGUCGCUGCUCGGCCAGAGCCGCAUGUUCGCCUACAUGAAGAUGGCCGAGGAGUGGCCUUCCUCCGGCGCCAGCUCGCCGAGCCGCACGCCGCCUCCCGUCCCCGGCUCCUCCACCGGCGGCGACAGCUCCUCCUCGUCCUCUCGCCGCUCUUGGGCCGACCAGCCGCUGUCUCACCGCGGUCCCUGCUCUGAGUGCGGCCGCCUCGUGCUGCUGACGGAGGGGCGGCGCCAGAACGACUGUGGGAGCUACCGCCACAUUGACUGCGCCCUCGCCGCGGUGAUGGCCAGGCAGAGAGAGGCUGCUGCGAUGGCCCUGGGCAGCCUGGGUCGAGGCAGCCUGGCGCUCCCACGGCCGCCGCCGAAGGGGCCGCUCGACAGGUUCGCGGUCGCUCCGUCGAACGGGUCUGUCAGCCCGCCUAACGGCCACGCCAGCGGCUACGCGGCGGCGGCCGACGGCGCCACAAAGCCAGGCGGCGCCGCAAAGCCAGGCGGCGCCGCAAAGGCGAACGGCACGGUGCUCGCGAAUCUGUACGAGCUGUCCGGAGAGCACAUCGACGCCGACGCGCCGCUGCUCGAGUCGGGGCUCGACUCGGUGGGCGCGGUCGAGCUGGGGAACCAGCUGCAGCAGCAGACGGGCGAGGAGCUUCCCGCCACCCUCAUCUUCGACCACCCGACUGCCCGCCAGCUCGCGGACUUCUUUGCGAGCAGCGGCAUGCAGGAGGCGCUGCAAGACAGCCUGCCUGCCACCCUGCCGGCCACCGGCCUUCCCGCCGCCCGCCUCGAGGCGCUCACGGCGCGAGUCGGCGUCUUCGGCCUCGCGGCGACGCUGCCUGCGGGGGUGGGUGCACCCUCCGCGCUGCGCUGCGCCGCUGCAUGCGGCAGCGAGCUGGUCCGCGAGGUGCGCAUCUCGGCUACGUGGCGGCUGCGUCUUACCUCGGCCACACCUCGGCUGCGUCUCGGCCAUGACCCAUGGCUUGCUCCCUCGAGGUGCCGCCCGAGCGGUGGGGCGACGAGCGGCAGCCUCUACCUCCCCGCCGCGCCGCCAUCGGGGGCGGGGAGGUCUCGUCACGGGCGGUGGGUGCGGAGUAGGCUGUCCGAGCUCGACUCACUCUCGCCGGAGGUUGCCCUGCGAGCGAGGCACGGCGGCUGGCUCGCGGACCCCUCCCUCUUUGACCCCGCCCGCUUCUCCGUCUCGCCCGCCGAGGCGGCCGCCGUGGACCCGCAGCAGCGGCUGCUGCUCGAGUCCGGGUACGAGGCGCUGCACGGCGCGGGGAGGGAGCGCGGAUCGCUGCUCGGCUCGCUGACGGGCGUCUUCGUCGCCAUCGCCGCCAACGAUUGGGCCGAGAUCGUCCGGGACUCGCCGAUGGCGAGGAGCGUCUACGCCGCCACGGGCAGCAACCACUCCAUCGCGUCGGGGCGGCUCUCGUUUGUGCUCGGCCUGCAGGGGCCCUGCGCCGCCUACGACACUGCCUGCUCGGCGGCGCUCGUCGCCGGCCACGCGGCGCUGCGCGCGCUUCAGCUGAGCGAGUGCAGCGCCGGCCUCGUCUGCGCCGUCAACCUGAUGCUCCUUCCUGCGGCGGGCGUCGCGUGCGCCACGGCGGGCAUGACCUCCGCGCGAGGCCACUGCCACACGUUCGACGCUCGCGCGGACGGGUACGUGCGGAGCGAGUCGGUGUGCUCCGCGGCGCUGCAGCGGAGCGGUGGAGGCGAGAGCGCGUACUUGCGCCAGCGCGAGGCCGCGCCGCUCACACACGUCGCGGAGCGCUUUGGCCUCAGCGGCAGCUGCGUGCGGCAGGACGGCAAGAGCGCGAGCCUGACGGCGCCAAACGGCCAGGCGCAGCAGGCGCUGCUGCGGGCGGCGCUGGCGGACGCGGCCGUGACACCCGACCAGCUUGGCUGCGUCGAGGCGCACGGCACGGGCACGCCGCUCGGCGACCCGAUCGAGGCCGGCUCGCUCAAGGCGGCCGUGAUUGCGAGGCGGGGCGCCGGCGACGAGCCGCUGCGCGUCAGCAGCGUCAAGGCGAACGCCGGGCACGCCGAGCCGGCGGCGGGCGCGUCGGGGAUGGUGCGGCUCGCCCUGUCCCUCUCUCACGCGGAGGCGCCUCCGAACGCGAUGCUGCGCCUCCUCAACGAGCACGUCGGCGCCGCGCUGCGCGGGUCCUCGGCGCUGCUGCCAGUCGGCCUCGCGCCUCUGCCGGCGCCCUCCGACGGCGCCUCCGCCCGCGUCGGCGGCGUGAGCUCGUUUGGGUACAGCGGCACGAUCGCGCACGCGGUGCUGCAGGUGGAGGCGGCGGCGGAGCGGGGCGGGCCGGAGGCCGGCAUCGAGCCGCCUCGGUACCUGCGUCGCCGCUUCGCGUGGCGCGAGACGCCGCACCCUCUGACGCACCGGAGGGCCGAGGGGGAGGAGGGAGGCUCGGUGACGCUGCGGUCGCCGGCGGCGGGGGCGCUGCUGGCGCUGGUGGCCGACCACGUCGUGCAGGGGCGCGUCGUGUUCCCCGGCGCGGGCUACCUCGAGAUGGCGCGCGCGGCGUGCGUCGCCGCGUCGGGUGGUGCUGGCGGCGGCGCGGUGCUGCGUCGCGCCUUCUUCCUGCAGCCCUUUCUACUGGACGGCUCGCUCGACCGGCUGUGGCUGAGCUGCGAGCUGGGCGGCGCAGAGGAGCGCGCGUCGGUGGCGUGGCUGCAUCGGCGGUGCCGCCGCGAGGGCACGCGGGUCCACCCGGCCGAUUUGGACGGCGCGAUCCAGCAGACGGCGCUGCUGGCGCAGGGCGCGUCGAGCGACGAGAUCCGGCUGCCCUUCUCGGUCGGCGAGGCGCGGCUCGCGUCCGCCUCGGGUCGGCUCUGCUCCGCCGUCGAGGCGCAGGACGAGCACUGCAGCGCGAUCGGGAUCGCCAGCGCCUCUGCGCCCUGCCCCGCGCUGGCUCGCAUCGAUGCCUUCGAGGCGCGCGCUAUGCGCGGCCAGUCCGCCGCCACGGCCUCGCAACGGUCGCGCCACUUGUACGCGACGGAGUGGGCAGAGGUCGCCUUCUCUGUGGGCGACGGCGCGUCUGCCAGAGUCUUAUCCGGCACGAGCCCUGCUGCUGGCGCUUCGCGCGCGGUUCCGCCGGCAAUGUCUACUAGCGAGCACGUCUUCUCCCUGCCGCUACGCCGUGGGGCCGGGCCUCUGCCCGCCGCCGAGGCUCUGCUCUGCGUCCUCCGCCACCAGCUCGGCUCCCGGCCGGCGCCUGUCAGGGUGCUCAACGCUGGCACGCAGCCGGCAGCCGGCUCGGACGCGACACGGCCGCUGCACGGCGGCCUCUUGGGGCUCGCUCGGACGGUGCGGAGCGAGGCCAUGGUCGCCUCCGUCCUGCACGUCGACGGCUGCUCGGGAGGCCGGAUGGCUGUCGCUGAGGCAGGGAUCGAGAAGGAGGUGGUUUGCAGCGGGCGCAAGGCGUUUGCGCCGCGGCUGCGGCGGCUUCCCGCGGCGUCGGAGGAUGCGAGCGCCGUGCCAUCCACGCACCUCAUCUCGGGUGGGACCGGCGGCAUCGGACUGCUGGCGUGCAGAUGGCUCGGCGAGAGCGGCGCCGCUGCGGUGGUGCUGUCGUCUCGUGGAGGCUCCGUUGCGGCCUCUUGCGGCGCUGCGCUCCGGAGGGUCGCGGGGUGCAGCUUCUCGCUGGCCAAGUGCGACGCGGCCGAGCUGGAGGACACGCGCCGCCUCGCCGCUGCCCUUCUCGCCGGCAGCGGCGUGCCUCUGGCAGGCGUGUGGCACGCGGCGGGCGUGCUGUCGGACGGGCUGCUGCGUGCUCAGAGUGCGCAGACCUUCAAGCGCGUCUACGCGCCCAAGGCGCACGGCGCGUGGGCGCUGCAGCGCGCGGUCGCCUGCUCGCCGCUCGCCGCGUGCGUGCUCUUCUCGUCGAUCGCGGCGCUGCUCGGCGGCGGCGCGCAGGCAAACUACUCGGCCGCCAACGGCUGCCUCGACUCGCUCGCCGCGUGCCGCCGCCUUCGCGCGCAGGCGGCCUCGAGCGUGCAGUGGGGCCCGUGGGCCGAGGUGGGGAUGGCGGCGGCCGGCUCGGUGAGCCAGCGGCUGCAGUCGGCCGGCAUCUCGCUCAUCGAGCGCUCCCACGGCGUCGCGGCGUGGCAAGCGUCGCUGCUUCCGCGCAGCCCGGCCGUGGUGGCGGCGGUGCUGGUGGCGUGGGGCAAGUUCCUCGGCAUGAUGCCGCAGGUGCCGCCGCUGCUGUCCAGCUUUGAGGGCCAGCGCGUCGCGGUCUCCGCGGCGGGCGCGUCCGGCGGCGGGCCCGCGGUGCCGAUCACGAUGGAGUCGCUGCUCGAGAUGCUGCACGGGACGACGGGGCAGAGCGUCGACCCGGACGCGCCGCUGAUGGAGUCUGGCCUCGACUCGCUCGCCGCGGUCGAGCUGGGCAACCAGCUGCAGGCGCAGUCGGGCAUGACGCUGCCGUCGACGCUCAUCUUCGACUACCCGACGGCGCGCCAGCUCGCGGGCUACUUUGAGGAGAGGGCCGCGCCGUCCAAGGAUGCGCCGGAGGCUGUCGACAUCGCGCCAGCGGAGGGGCCGCGCUCUCCCCUCGCCGAGGCCCCUGUCGCCGCUGCGCGCGGGCUCAGCUCAAAGCUGCCCCGGGGCCAGGAGACCGUCCGUGACGCCCUCGGCAUGGCGGCGCGAGGCGCCGACCUCUGCAGCGAGGUCCCACCGCUCCGCUGGACCGCAGAGGGCCUCUCGCAGCUCGAUGGACCGGUCGCGCUUCGCGUGCGGCACGGCGGUUUCAUGCAGCACAUCGACCUCUUUGACAGCGCCCACUUUGGCGUCUCUGCGACGGAGGCGCGCGCGAUGGACCCGCAGCAACGGCUGCUACUAGAGGGUGGGUACGAGGCGCUGCACGCGGCGGCCUUCAACAGGGGAGGCCUGCUCGGCUCGCUGACUGGCGUCUUUCUCGGCAUCGCCGCCAACGACUGGAAGGAGAUCGUCCGGAGCUCGCCGAUGGCGAGGAGCGUCUACGCCGCCACGGGCAGCACCGUCUCCAUCGCGUCGGGGCGGCUCUCCUUUGUGCUCGGCCUGCAGGGGCCCUGCGCCGCCUACGACACCGCCUGCUCGGCGGCGCUCGUCGCCGGCCACGCGGCGCUGCGCGCGCUUCAGCUGAGCGAGUGCAGCGCCGGCCUGGCGGUGGGCGUGAGCACCAUGCUGCUGCCCGAGGUGUCUCUGGCCUUCGCCACGGCGGGCAUGACCUCCGCGCGAGGCCACUGCCACACGUUCGACGCUCGCGCGGACGGGUACUGCCGCGGAGAGGCGCUGUGCGCAGUCGCCCUCGGCUGCAGAGCCUCGGAGGCGGAGGUGCUUCUCGCCCUCGCGGGGAGCUGCGUGCGGCAAGACGGUAAGAGCGCGAGCCUGACGGCGCCAAACGGGCUGGCGCAGCAGGCGCUGCUGCGGGCGGCGCUGGCGGACGCGGGUGUCGGCGUCGGUGCGCCCGAGGUGGUGUGUGUGGAGGCGCACGGCACCGGCACCGCGCUCGGCGACCCGAUCGAGGCGAGCUCGCUCAAGGGCACGCUGCUUUCGCACCUGCCCCCUGCAGCCUCUCUGUCAGUGGGCAGCGUCAAGGCCAACGCCGCACACGCCGAGCCUGCGGCGGGGGCGACGGGCCUGCUGCGCCUCACCCUCGGCCUCCUCACUGCGCGUGCGCCGCCCAACGCGCAGUUGCGGGUCGCGAAUGAGCACGUCCUCAACGCACUCGAGGGGGCACCGUGCGCUCUCCCGACGCAGCUCGCCGCCCUUCGCCAAGCCCCCACCCAGGCCCGCGCCGGCGGCGUGAGCUCCUUUGGCUACUCUGGCACCAUCGUGCACGCCGUCCUGCGGGCUGCUCCACGGAGCCCGGCGACGCUGAGCGGCCGCUUCCGCUACGUGCGCAAGCGGUUCGGGUGGCGGACGCCGUACCAAGCGCAGCGAGGGCCCGCCGCGCAGGCGGGAGCCGUGCAGGCUGGAGGGCCCGCCGCCCCCGCGCCUCCGCUCUCGCCCGCGACGGAGGUCCUCUUGACGUACUCCUCGGCGUGGUCCUCCCAUCCCCGCCCUCUUCCCCGCCAGUCCAGCCGCUCCUGGCUACUCGUCGCCUCCGCUGACACCCCCUCCGGCGCUAUUGGCGACGGCGCCACCGCAGCCGCCACCGCCAACGCGACCAGCGCCGCCGGGUUGGUUCUUGAUUUGGCUUCGGUCCGAGGGGACCACGCGCCGCUCGCGAGGGCGGAGUGGAUCUUCUUCGUGGCACGGCAGCUCCUGCUGACCCGUCGCCCCUUACGGCUCGUCGUCCUGACGUCUGGUGCGCAGCUGAGCGUGCCCACGGCGAUGAGUGCGCUCGGAGGCUCCCGUCUGGCCGGUGGGUGCGCGUGGGGGAUGGGCCGUGUGCUUCGGAUGGAGGGCCCGGCGCUCGGCACCACCGUCGUCGACUUGCAGUUCGGUGCUUCUGUGCCGACCGCCCUCGCCUCCGUGCUGAUGGGCGACGACAGCGACGACAGUCUCAAGGAGGAGGGGCAGGUAGCCGCCUCCGCCACGGCGCUGCACGUGCUGCGGCUGCGGCGCGGCUGUGUGCACGAGGGGAGCGCGGCGCCGCCACAGAGCGGCGGGACGCACCUCAUCACCGGCGGGCUGGGCGGGCUCGGCCUCCGGGCCGCGUCGCUGCUCUGCGACGGUGCUGCGGAUGCUGUCGUGCUCUGCUCGCGGAGCGGACGAGUUGCGCGGGGCGGGCAGGGCCUCGAGGAGCGGCUCGAGCGGCUGCGGAGAGGGGAGGGCGGUGUGGCGGUGGUGGCGUGCGACGUGGCGCAGGAGGAGGGCGUGGUCGCGAUGCUCCGUUCAGCGCCGCGGGAGGUCGACGGCGCUCCCGGGACGGCGCUUCGCAGGCUCCGCUCGGUCCUGCACACUGCGGGGACGACGCGCGAUCGGCUGAUGCUCAACACCGGGCGCGACGAGCUCGCCGCUGUCAUGGCGCCAAAGGCGCUCGGCGCGCGCCACCUCCACGGCGCAACGAGCCAAGCCGCGGCGGCCGCCUUUGUGCUCUUCUCCUCGAUCGCCUCGACGUUUGGGAACGCGAGCUACGCUGCUGCGAACGCGUGUCUCGACACGCUGGCCACCGCUCGGGGUUGCGCCGGCAUGCCAGCGAGCUCGAUGCAGAUGCCGCUUAUCCUUGGGGCGGGCAUGGGCGCUGCCGACAAGCAGGCGUUCUCCCUCUUGUCGCUGUCGCUCGAGCAGUACGCGGGGUGCCUCGGCGCUCUCCUCGGCGUCUCGCCGCCGGCGCGGCCAGACCUUGCCCUCGACUUGUCGCACGGUGCCAGAGUCUGGGCCCCGCUGCCAGCCGAUGCAGCGUCGAUCUUGCGCGGGCAGCAUGCGGCGCUCCUGCCCUUGCUGUCGGAGCUGCCAGGGUCGGCGGUGCGCGCCAACGCGAGCGGCGGCCAAGCAGUCGCCGCUGCUCCGGGCAGUUUGGCGCACGAGCUGCUUCAGAUGCCGCCUGAGAAGCGACAGCCGCACGUUGAGGCGAUCGUGAUGGAGGGGGCACCGCAGGAGGCGGCGAUCCCCUCCUUCGGCGCGCUGACUCUCCGCUUCGCGCGGCGCCGCUUCGCGUGGGUCGAGCUGCCGCACCCGCUCGCCCAGCGGCCGAUCGAGGCGGCGGCGGGGAGCACCGUCCAGGGCAUGCGCGCGCCGGCCAGCGGUGCUCUGCUUGCCAUCGUGGCCGACCACGUGAUUCAGCGGCACGUCAUCUUCCCUGCGGCCGCGUAUCUCGAGAUGACGCGUGCGGCGCGCGCCGUGCGGCUGAGCGGGCGCGAGCCCCGUGCCACCCGGCUGUCGCGCGUCUACUUUAUGGCCCCGAUGUUCCUCGACGAGCCGGACGGCCUGUGGGUAUCGGUGGAGCUCGACGAAGCCGACGAGCGCUUCGAGGUGACCACCUCCCGCCUCGAUGGCUCCGGGGAGGAGCUGUCGCGUGCCGUCCACUGCGCCGGUUCAAUCGCCCUCGGCGAGGCGGGAGGGGCCUCCUCGAGCGCCCCCGCGGCCAGGUCGGUCGACAUCGUGGCGAGCCGAGGGGUGGCGACCUUUGGCGUCAGCGCCGCCGAUUACUACGCCAUGUUCCGCGCCCGGCAGAUUGAGUACGGCCCCGAGUACCGGAGGCUGCGCAAGAUGUGGACGUCCCGUGAGGAGGGCGUGGCCGUCGCGUCGCUCGGUGUGCGCGCGGUGGGGUACGCUGGCAUGCGAGGCACGGCCAUCCACCCGGGCGAUCUCGACGCGGCGCUGCAGCUCACCGGCCUCCUCGCCGACGAGGCGGCGGCGCGGGCCAACGAGACGAGGGUGCCGUUCAGCCUCGGGCACGCCACGCUCUCGGGCGCCACGGGGCGGCUGUGGAUCGUCUCCGUCCACUCGACGUCCGUCUCCGGGGCGAGCGACAUCCUCCUCGGCCGCGAGGCGCGCGGCUCCGCCCCCGGCGCCGCGCUGGUCGGCUUCGUCAACCGCGUGCUGAAGGCCGACGCGCAGCAGGGGCUGCAGGCGGCGCAAGCGGCCCGCAGGCCGUCGCACCUGUACGUCACGUCGUGGCAGGCUGCGACGGUGCCUGCCGCCGAGGACGCCAAAGCGGCGCUCGUGAUGUGCGCCUCGCCUCCGCUCGGCGUCGCGUCGGGCUCCGGCGCCGCGGCGGCGGCUCCGUCGGCGUCGAUUGGCGCGGUGGUGUACGCCAUCGGCCUGGGCGCCGGCGCCAAGGCCUCCGACUCGCUCGCCGGGCUGGCGGCUGCGUUUGACGUCGCGCGCACGCACACGAUCACGCGCUCGACGCCACCGAUGUGGAUGGUCUCGGCCGGCGCCCUCGCGGCCCGCUCGAGCGGCACCGGCGUCUCGAGCCGCGCGGGCCUGAUGGGCCUGAUCCGCCAGGCGCGCUCCGAGGCGCCGCAGUCGCAGCUGCCGAUCAUCGACCUGGACGUGCUCCGUCCGGGCAUGACCGAGCUGGCGGCGGUGUCGAAGCUGGCCGGCAAGCUCGGCCUCGGCUACAACGGCACGCCCGAGCCCGAGAUGGCCUUUGACGGCUCGAGCCAGCGCGUGCCGCGCCUGACCGAGGCGGCCGGCUCGCUGGGUGGACCCAUCAAGCUCUGCUUCGACGCCCGCGGCGCCGUCGGCAACUUGCGGGUGGUGCCACAGGAGGAGGACGGCUCCGAGCCGGUCCACGGCGAGCUCAAGCUGCACGUCGGCGCGGUGGGGCUCAACUUUCGCGACGUGCUCAACGUGCUCGGCGUGUACCCGGGCGAGCCGGGCGAGCCGGGCAGCGAUUGCGCCGCGCACAUCGCUGACAAGGGCACCGGCAUCCCGCAUCUCUCGGUCGGCGACGCCGCGCUCGGCCACGGCCUCGCGGUGCUCUCAUCGCUCUCGAAGUCGGACGCGCGCCUGAUGGCGGCCAUCACAGACUCGCUCUCGUUUGAGCAAGCCUGCACGCUGCCGACGACUUGGUGCACGGUGCACACGUCCCUGCUGACGGCGCGGCUGGGGGCGGGGUGCGAGGCCUUUCUGCACGCCGGAGCGGGCGGCGUCGGCCUCGCCUCGCAGGAGUACUGCCAUCUCAUCGGCAGCCGCACGAUGGCCAGCGUCGGGCGGCCGUACAAGCACUUUUACCUGCACCGCAUGGGCCUCGCCGGCCGCACGCUCAGCUCGCGCGACGGGGGCGCUUUUGCACUCGGCGCGUCGAGGCUGCUCGGCGCUGGUCGGCUGCACUCCGUCCUCAACAGCCUCUCGGCCGACUUCAUCGCCGUCUCCUUUGCGCUGCUGCGCGAGGGCGGCCGGCUGUGCGAGAUUGGCAAGCGCGCGGUGUGGAGCUACGAGCGGCGCGAGGCGGCGUCGGCGGCCGCGCGCUACGUGGCGAUCGCGCUCGACAGCACCAUCGAGCAGGCGCCGUGGUGGAUGGGCCGCACGCUGCGACUGCUCUCGGCGCGCACGGAGGCCCGCGUGCUCCACGGCCUUCCCAUGGAGCUCUUCGACCUCGAGAAGAGCGUGUUGGCCGCCUUCCGCACGCUGCAGAGUGGCACCAACACAGGCAAGGUGGUGGUGCGGAUCCCAAGGACGGCCGCCCCGACGCCGCCGCGCGGGGCCCACCUGCUGUCUGGCGGCACGGGCGGCCUCGGCCUCGUCACUGGCAGCUGGCUCGGCGAGAGCGGCGCCGCGUCGGUGGUACUGGCGGCCCGCGGAGGCAUGGUCGCCCCCGCGGACGGCGAGAAGCUCAAGAAGCUUGCCGAUUGCGACUUCAGCGUGGUCAAGUGCGACGUGGCCGAGCUGUCGGACACGGCUCGCAUGGUCGGCGCCGUCCUGGCCGAGGGAGGCGCGCUGGCAGGCGUGUGGCACGCGGCGGGCGUGCUGUCGGACGGGCUGCUGAGCACGCAGUCGGCGGGCUCCAUCAGGCGCGUCUACGCGCCCAAGGCGCACGGCGCGUGGGCGCUGCAGCGCGCGGUCGCCUGCUCGCCGCUCGCCGCGUGCGUGCUCUUCUCGUCGAUCGCGGCGCUGCUCGGCGGCGGCGGCCAGUCGAACUAUGCCGCCGCCAAUAGCUGCCUCGACUCGCUCGCCGCUUGCCGGCGCGUGCGCGCCAUGAGCGCAACGUCGGUGCAGUGGGGCCCGUGGGCGGAGGUGGGGAUGGCGGCGGGCGCGUCGAUCAACGCACGCAUGCAGACCAGCGGCGUGGGCCUCAUCGGCUUGGAGCAGGGCGCGCUGGCCUUGCGGGCGACGCUGCAGCCGUCCGCGCCCGGCGUGGUGAGCCUGGUGCUGCUGAGCUGGAGCAGCUUCCUCGGUGUGCUCCCCGAGACGCCGCCGCUCCUCGCCCAGUUUGAGGGCCGCAGGGGCGCGGUGGCGGCCGCGGGCCCGUGCGGCGAGGUGAAGGAGGUGACCCUCGACGCGAUCCAGGCGAUGCUGCACGAGACGACGGGGCAGAGCGUCGACCCGGACGCGCCGCUGAUGGAGUCUGGCCUCGACUCGCUCGCCGCGGUCGAGCUGGGCAACCAGCUGCAGGCGCAGUCGGGCAUGACGCUGCCUUCGACGCUCGCCUUCGACUACCCGACGGCGCGCCAGCUCGCGGGCUACUUCAAGGAGCAGGCCGACGCAGCGCGCGGCGCGGGCGCCACGAGCACGCCCCCGCCGGCAGCCCCGCCCGAGGACGAGUCUUCCCGUCGGCGCGGCGCGGCGGCGCGCCUGCACGGCGCGGGCAUCUCCCUGCCGGCGGGGCUGCGCGGCACGCAGGCGCUGCGCGGCGUCUCGGCCGCGGGCGGCGACACCAUCUCGCUCGUCCCCCCGGAGCGGUGGCGGAUCGACGGGCCGGAUCACCCCGACGGGCCUGUGGGAGCGCGAGCGAGGCACGGCGGCUUCCUCGCCGGUGCGGACCGCUUCGACGCCGCCUUCUUCGCCAUCUCGCCCGCCGAGGCGGAGGCGAUGGACCCGCAGCAGCGGCUGCUGCUCGAGAGCGGGUACGAGGCGCUGCUGGGCGCCGGGAUGGACAAGGCCCUGCUGGUGGGCUCGCCGACGGGCGUCUUUGUGGGCAUCGCGAACUGCGACUGGCACGACAUCCUCUGCCACACGCCGCUCGGGCGGAGCGUCUACUCCGCCACCGGCGCGAGCAACUCGAUCGCGAGCGGCCGCCUCUCGUACGCGCUCGGGCUGCACGGCCCUUGCGUCGCCGUCGAGACGGCCUGCUCCUCCGCCCUCGUGGCGAACCACGCCGCGCUGGGCGCGAUGCUGAACGGCGAGUGCGAGUCCGCGCUCGCGGCGGCGGUGAUGCUGAUGCUACUCCCCACCGUUGGCUGGGCCUUCGCGGUCGCCUCCCUCACCUCGCCCGGCGGCCGCUCCUUCAGCUUCGACGCGCGAGCGGAUGGGUACGCGCGCGGCGAGGCGUGCGGCUCCGUGGCGCUCCGUGCCGACGGCCCCGCCGCCCCCCGCUUCCUCUCGUCUUGCGUCCGCCAGUCGGGGAGGAGCGCCAGCCUGACGGCGCCCAACGGGUCGGCGCAGCAGGCGCUGCUUCGCGCGGGCAUCGCCCAGGCGGCCGUCAGCGCGCAGGAGCUCGCCUGCCUCGAGGCGGCGGCGAACGGCUCCCCGCUCGGCGACCCGAUCGAGGCGGGGUCCGUGCGCGCGGCCCUCCUCGCGGCGAGGACGGGAGGCGACCCCCUCGCCGUCGGCACCGCCAAGGCGAGCGUCGGCCACGGCGAGACCGCCGCAGGCGCAACCGGCCUCCUCCGGCUCGCCGUCGGCCUCGCGGGCGGGCACGCGUUCGCCAACGCGCAGCUGAGGGUCGUCAACGCGCACGUGGCGGCGGCCUUGCGCGAGUCGCCCUGCGCCCUGCCGACGCAGCUGGCGGACGCCCCGCUCCGCGCCUCGGGCGUGCGGUACGGAGAGGUCAACGCCUUUGGGUACAGCGGCACGCUCGCCACGGCGGUGCUCGAGAGCGGGCGAGAGGGCGCGGCGGGGGCGCUGCCCGCCUUCGCAAAGCCCGCCUACGCUCGCCGCUGCUUUCCAUGGCGCGAGGCGCUGUCUGAGGCCAAGGCGGGAGCACCAGGCGGAGGUGACGCGGGCGGAGCCCUGGCGGACGGCGCUGGCGACGAGCCGCAGGAGAUGACGCAGGAGAUGACGCUCCCGCUGCUGCUCGGGCUGCUCGAGCACGCGUCCGGCCGCGAGCUCGACGCGGACUCGCCGCUGCUCGAUGCGGGCAUCGACUCGCUCGCCGUGAUGGAGGUGGCGGGGAAGGUGCAGUCGCUGGCCGGCGUCGAGCUCAGCGAGGACGACCUCGUGGAUCACUCGACUGCGCGCCGGCUCGCCGCCCACAUUCGCGAGCUGCAGGAGCGGCCAGAGGCGCGCGUGCGGGUCGACGCCGCCGAGCUGUACGAGAAGGCGGAGCUGCUCUCUCCGCGCCUCGUCCUCGUCCGCGCCGCGCCCGAGGGCGGCGAGGGGGCGCCUUCGCUCGUCCUCGUGCACUCGAUCUUUGGCAACGAGCUCGGCUUCGAGCGGCUGCACUCGCUCGGCUUUGGCGACCGCGAGGUGCUCGCGGUGCGGCACACGGGCAUGUCCGAGGGCGCCGACGUCGAGGAGGAGUGCGUCGAGUCCUCCAUCGCCGAGCUCGCCGACGCGUAUGCGCGCGAGCUGCUCGCCUACCGCGGCGUGUCGCCCUUCGACCUCAUCGGCGCCUCGUUCGGCGCAACGCUCGCGCACCAGAUCGGCCUCGCCGCGCAGCGGCUGGGAGGCCACCCCCGCCGGCUGGUGCUGAUUGAGCCGCCGCCGCCAGGCCCCUUCCCGCGAGGGAUGCGCUACCUAGGCCAGGGCCGCAAGGUGACCCUGCACGACGCGGCGGAGGCGUGCCUCCUCAUCCGCGCCACCGCCGAGGCGGCGGCGAGGCAGCCUGAGGGCAGCCGUGUACAUCAUGGCGGUGGCACGGCGCGGGCGGUCGGCGAGGCGGCGCCCGCGGCGGACCGGUCGACGCAGGAGCUGCUCGACGAGCUGCGGCAACUGCCCGACGCGGCGCUCGGCUUCUUCGUCGCGAGCGCCUUCCCGACGAUGGGCCGCUCGCUCGCCUCGGCCGUCAAGACGACGAGCCGCACGCUGCACGUCGUGAGGCACCUCCAGCAGCUCAUCUUCAACGAGUGGAUGGAGCGGACGGAGCCGCUGCCCCGCUUCACCGGCCCGGACGGCUCGGCCGCCAUCUUUGUCGUCAAGAGCUCGCGCCGCAAGGAGUGGCUGAAGAAGCUGUUUGGCAGCGUGAGCGAGGAGCUGAUGCAGGUGAUUGAGCCGCCGCCCGCCGGUGGCGGCGGCGCGGAGGGGGAAGGGGCGCCCGAGAGCCCGGCCGCGGCGGCCAUCAGCGCGGCGCUCAAGUCGCGCAACCCAGUGCGGCGCGCCGCGGCGCGGAGCCUCGCGGGCUACGCGCGCGACGAGUUUGACGUCGUGUGCGAGGUCAAGUCGGACCGGACGAAGCUGCUCGGGCCGGCCGCGCUCGAGCUCGAGGUUGCGGGGAACCACACGCACGUGGCGGCGAUGUGCGUCUCGUACCGCUCGGCCGAGUUCCGAGCUGGCGUCGAGUCCUUCCUCGCGCCGCACGCGCCGCGCGCGCCGCCGGCCCGGGCGAACGCGAUGGCGCAGUGCGUGGCGCCGCUGCGGGGAGUGGCGGAGCGGGUCGACGCGCUCGGGGUUCCGGCGUGGAUCCCGGAGCUGGUGUUUGGCGACCUGAACGCGCUGCGCAGCGGCGUGAAGCGGCAGGGGAUCAACAUGGAGGAUUUUGUCUAG